CGCUGUUUGGUUUUCCUGGUUUUAAAGUCACAUGACAAGAGGAAAGUCCAGCUUCGGUCGGCCACAAACUCCAUCCCAAAUUUACGUAUGUCAGUGUCAGUCAUCUAACAUGGCAGUCCCAUAGAACAUUUGUAGCAAGCCGAAACGUUUGAGCGAGGCGGCCGACAAACCGGAAUAAAACAUUAGGCUGAACUUCUGAGAACCAUGACUCUGCAAGCUCCUCGCACAUCCGUAUUCACCUUUCAGUCUGCAUUGCACAGCACCCAUGUUCUCCAGUGUCUGAAUGAGCAGAGGCAGCAGGACAUCCUGUGCGAUAUGACGUUGGUGGUGGAGGACAGGAGUUUUCGGGCCCACAGCUCGGUCCUGGCCUCAUGCAGCGCAUACUUUCGGAGCAGGGUUACUAGUGUCACCAGACAGAAUCCCAUUAUCACCUUACCUGAGGAGGUGACCGUGGAAGGGUUUGAACCCUUGCUUCAAUUUGCCUACACAUCGAAACUUCUUUUCACCAAAGAAAACAUCCAUGCUAUUCAUACCAGUGCUGAGAUUUUAAGAUUUCACAACUUGGAGUCGGCUUGCUUUGAUUUCCUCAUCCCCAAGUUUUCAGAGAGAAAGAAAACCUCACAGGAGGUCAGGAAUAAGGUCUGCUGUCAAAGCUUGGAGCCUGGUGCCAGUUUGGACUCUAGUGUAAAAGGUAGCCAUGCAGAAUCGUUCGAGUCAAACAGCUCAGUGCCUUCAGGAGGUGAUGAGCAAACCGAUUUCUCAUCACAGUGCUCUCAGAGCACACAGGGUCAGGCAAACAGUGGACAGGAACAUUUUUCUUUUGAGAACUGUGAGCCGCAGAUGGCUCCCUUAUCUUUGGAGUUAGCAAAUGGUGUGUGCCCCCUGUUGUCUCUGCCAUGCCCGGACGCUAACAAAACAGAUCAUUUCUCUCAUUUUUGUAAAAGAGACAUUUUACAAAUUGUACAUGUAAGUGAUAGAAGUGAGUUGAGUAUGGAAGGGUGUGACACGUGCUGUGAGCUGUCAACACCAGGGGAUGAGAAUCCACCAGAAAUCACUGAGCCGGCGGGCACAGAUAAUGAAACAACUGUUCAGAUGCUUGGUGCUGAAACCAGCUGUACCCCAGGCUCAUGUCCACUGAAGACGUCAAGGGCGGAAGAUUGUACUUCAGUACUACAGCAGAUUGGGGUUUGUCCUGAACAGGUAGCUGCUGGUGAUCUAUCAGGACCUGUCUUAACUCCCCAAAGCUUUGAGGCAGGGAAUGGAGAGCGGAGCCGUGUAGAGAGGGAAGUGGCCGAACAUUUAGCAAAAGGGUUUUGGUCUGACCUGUGCCCCAGUGAGGCUCCACCACCAUCCCUUGAUUCAGCAAGCCAGAACAAUUUGGCGAAGGCCUCAGACUUUCACUGGCUUAAGCACCUGGAUCUGACAUCCAGUGUAGGUGACUGUCCCUUCCUACGGGACCUCGAUGACAAUCCUGGUACACAAGCUGACAACCUUUCCCAAGCAGAGAAGAGUCCCUGCAUGUCCUCCUCACUCAAUUCUGGGGAUGAAACAGAACUGGAAACAGACGGGGACACUGAGGCCAAUCACAAAAGAGCAGCAGAGAUUCAACUCCCGUUCCCAGUGGAGCAGAUCUCAGUUCUGAGCAGAAGUGCAUUUCAACAACUUGUUAGAGACCAUCGCCUGACAAAAGAGCAGCUCGAGUUUGUCCAUGACGUUCGCCGACGAAGUAAAAACCGCGUGGCCGCACAGCGCUGUCGAAAGAGGAAGCUUGACAGCAUACACCAGCUGGAAUGUGAAAUAAAAAAAUUAAAAAGUGAAAAAGAGCAACUGCUUCAGGAGCAAAAAGACCUGAAGAAAAAUCUUGCAGAGGUUAAGCAGAAUGUGUGUGGCCUGUGUAAGAGCGUCAACAUCGAGUCCGGCUCAGAUCAGGACCACUUGCGACUCCUUGCCAGUCUCUCUUCACCCGACUUUCCCAUCUCAUGUCCCAACCUUGUAGAAAGUAACAAGGAGUCCCAGCUCACUGUUGAAAUGGUGAGUUCCUGUUUAGAGUGUCGACAGACUGAACCACCUUCAGCCUGUGUUCCAACUGCUGAGCUACAGCCAUGCACAGAGGACACAGGCUGUCCCGUCUCUGGUCCUUUGCUUAGUGUCUGUUUGGACAUGUCCAACAGCUUGUAAUUGGGCUGCAUACUCAUCAUUAGUCUAAAAUCUACAGGACCAAAGAGCAAAUGGUUAAUCGUUUUAUACUGCAGUCCUAUUUUUUCAAAGACUUCCUUUUUAUUUCAUUGACUCAUGUCCUAAAUGGGGGAACUAAGUUCAAAAACAAACGUGUAUCAUUUCUUUUGCUGUGAAUCUAACCAGCAUUUCUCCAAAGGAAACACAGAACCCAGUAUUUCUGAUCUUGAAGGUGCAAGUAAUUUUCUGACAACUUCGAAAAUGUACUGUGUCCAAAUCAGGGCUUUAGGAGGCUCCCUCAACUGAAGUUAGUUCUUCUCAGGGAAAAUAAAUGACCUAACUGCAUUUAACUCCCACUGCAUACCCAUCUUCCACACAAAAUGAUUCUUCAUUGUUCACAAUGAUACUCGCGUUAUGAUUUUUAAAAUGAACUGUUCAGUAGAUUCUAAGUGAAUUUUACAGCAAGUCUAACUUCCUGGUAGUAUUAUGUGAUUCUACAUGUAGGUUGAAUGAUUAAGUUUUCAGUUUCUCUUAAAAUUUGAGAAAUGAUUCUAUAAAAUUUGAUAGUGUUACAUAAUGAUGAAAGAAGUUAUGGUAUUUUAAAUAAAAUGUGCCUUAUACUUUUGUAUACUAUCAAUUCAACGACAUUAUGUUGUUUAAUGAAAAAAUGUUUGUUCGUUGUCUUAAGCACUGUUGCACAUUAAUCCAAUAAUAAUACUGAUGGCAUUAUCUUUAAAAACGUUAGGCCUUCUGCAUGUUGAGCAUUGUUUUUCUAAAAUGGUUUCAUGAAUUGCACAUUUAAAUAAACAUUUUGUUAAUGA